AGCCUCAAACUUUUAUUGAUUUCAUAAACGACAUCAGGAGAAGAUACCCACCCCUACCCCCACCUACACCCACCUCUUUUGGAGAAAGAGUAGCAACAGUCACCGAGUUUAUACCUUUGAAAGAUCACAAUACUGAUCUAGCUAUUGGUAUAGAGAAAAUUCAGGCCAGCAUGGCUGAGGCUUCAAAGGACAUACCUAUAAAGGCAAAUCUAAAUAUACUUUUAUGUGGAGGAGCUGCUGGCAUAGAUGAGAUUCAGAAAAUCAUGAGUUCCAAUUUGCAUGGUCCUAAUGAACAAAAGAAACCCAGCCUUCCAGGAGAAAACCUUUCUGCUCAAGAUCCUCCCACGGAAUCUGGAUUAUCCCUACUCAAAGAUAUUCUGUUCCAUCUUGGAAGCUGCAUGACUGACUGCACUAGUGGAACUUACAUGCAGACAUUUGUAUCUGGAAUGGUGCGAAGAGCUGUAGUUGAAGCAGCAGAGCCCACAGGUUACCAUAUCCAUCCCCUGAGCUGUUUGAUGCUGACCAUGGCAUCUCGCAUGGAAAUCAUUGA